CUCGAACUGAAUCAGCUCACGAUUGGAAACGCUGCAAUGCUAUUAUAGCACAAAUAUUGAGACGACCGAAUGGUUAACGAUGCUGUAACAUCAAGGCGCGAUUCGAGGCUGUGGAAAAGUCGUAUUUGCAUGUGGAAUUCUGCAGUACUAUUAUGCUGCCUGCCGUUGCAUUCCCCUUUGAGGAUUUCUACAUUGAUACUCACCAGAACAUUGAUGCUCUUGACAAGGGAGAGCAGACUGUGCUGUUUUACAUUGGUCUCCUGUCAGCAUCCUUGGGUUCUGGUGGAAUCCGGGCUGUUGUUUGUCCAUUCAGUGCUUACUUCCUUCAGGAAUACGAUCAAAGUCAACUUCGAACAUUCUUCAACUGGUUUCACUGGUUUGUGAGCUUGAACUCUGCAGUUGUCUUUGUGGGCAUUGCCUAUAUUCAACAAUCCAUAGCGAAAAACCUAGGCUUCCUUAUUCCUUUUGCAUCCAUACUGAUGACCCUUCUGACUAUUCACAUGGUGCAGAACCGACUAAUAUACCGACCAAAGUCAGGUGGCUCCUUGAUGACAUUUUUUGGUGUUUUAGUGAAUGCAAUAAAGAUGUGCUGUGUGAGAUACCGUCACAUCAGCGGGGACGUGAGUAAUUGGCUGGACCGAGCCAAGGAGAACUACGGUGGCUGGUACAGUGAAGCCCAUGUGAACAACGUCAAAUGCCUUUUCAGAUUAAUUCCGCUGUUUGCCUUUCAGAUUCUGUACAGAGUUUGCAUACUUCAGAUCCCUUCAGCAUAUUUUAUACAAACAAUGCACUCGAACCUGAACCUGAGGGGAUUUCUCCUUCCAAUAGCAGCACUGAAUGUGAUUGGACUCCUUCCUGUAUUGCUGCUUGUACCUUUCCUGGAGUAUCUUGGAGCUUGCUUACAGUCUGUUCGUAGAGACCCAUUAUCACCAUCACCAUUGGCACAGAUGGUCAUAGGUCACCUCUGUGCAGUCUUGUCCAUAGUGGUCGCUGGGAUAUCAGAGGUGACCAGGAGAAACUUCCUGCUGGUGGAACAGACUCUAUCUGGAAAGGUGCUCCUUGUGUCUUCAAUGCCUUGCUUUCAUCUCGCUCCUCAGUACCUCUUGCUUGGAAUCUCUGAGGCAUUGGUCACUCCUGCUUGUAUGCUAAUUACAUUCAGACUGUCUCCAAAGAGCGUUCAAGGCAUCGCAAUGCAGUUCAUGACUCUGUUCAAUGGUUCAGGCUGCUUUGUGGGAGCAAUGAUUAUUCAAACUGUCUACCAAGUAUCUGGAGGCAAUUGGUUUCCAAAUAAUCUGAACAUUGGGAAUUUGGACACAUUCUUUUUCCUUCUGGCUGCAUUCAUGCUUCUGAAUAUUCUGGGAUUAUGGCGAAUCUCUCACAGAUACAAAGACCUUCAACAGGAAGACGACCAAUGUGUUAAAGGAGUUCUUCUGGAAAAGCUAAUGGAACAUGAAAAAUCUCUGAAAUUCUAUGACAGCAUUCUGGAUUGGCCCACCUUCUCCUAUCCCAAGGAGAUAGUACUAUAAAAACAAAUUGAAAGGGGGUGAUGCUGGCAUUACCAAUCUGUGUUGCAAUAAAAUGUGUUAGGGAACAGAUGUCUGAUUUAUUAUUUUUCUAUAGAACUAUGCUUGUCAAGACUUUGUUAUCACUUGUAACUUCUAACUAUGUUUGGAAGUGCCACUUCUCUCCAGAAGAAACUGGCAUCAUUUUGGAUGAAAAUGUGCUAUUGUUGUUUCUUAUUUAUUUUGACCCAGAGA